AUGUCAGGUGUGAUCGGAAUGACAGCAGCAACUCGAUACUGCAACCAAGAUGGCAAGGAAGACUUCGGCGACUUUGUGCGCAAUGAAGACGAGGAAAUGGACCUGGAAGAGGUUGCCGAGCCCUGGGAAAGAUAUGAUAAAAAGAUAACCUCAGAUGUCUUCUAUCCCAUCCGCCUUGGAGACCUGAUCAACGAGAGGUACCUGAUAGAGCAUAAGCUUGGAUCCGGCGGCUUCUCGACUGUCUGGAUGGCCCAUGACCAACAAAAGAGCAGGGACGUUGCCCUCAAGAUCAUGUUUGCAGGAGAAUCGGGUGAAAGUGAAAUCCGCCUGCAGGACGAAAUCGUUCGGAAUGUGCGUGAUGCCUCCUCUCAUUUUGUGACGUAUCUGGAAACCUUUCUACUUCCGGGAGAUGGAUGUCACCAUACGGUUCAAGUAUUUCCUUUAAUGGGCCCAUGUCUUUACUGUCCGAACGUGAUAAAAAUAUCUAUGACUACUCGCAUGUCCGCUGCUCUGCAAUUGCUAGAGGCGUUGGAGAGUUUACACGAGGCCGGAAUAGUCCACCGUGAUUUGAAUGAGAGAAAUUGUAUGUGGGGAAUGCAACCCCUCCACCAUCUACCCAGGAGUGCUAAAUACAAAGCAUUGGGCCGGCCAUUGAAGCAAAUGAUACCGGUGGACGAUCUCUGGAAGGAAGGGGAGCUCGUUGGACCUGCUAAAAUCCCCCAAAGCCUACAAACCCCAAAAUUCUAUCUCGGCGACUUUGGUCUGGCAAAGAAACUGAGCGAUCCCGUGACUCCACGUGGCUAUCCACCAUUACAAUAUUGCUCCCCGGACCGCCUGCAUAGACAAGAUCCCAGUCCUGCCUGCGACAUGUGGAGUUACAUGAUCCUCUUUUCGGAACUUUACCUUGGCAACGUGCCUUUUUCUACGUUUUUCAAUGGUGGAAUUAUUGGUGGUUUCGUGUUGUCUUUAGGUCCUCUGCCCGAGGAGUGGAAGGGACUCUAUACUCAUCCCGAGAGCCGUGAUUCCUGGUAUGACCAGAACCAAACUCCCGAUCCCAAAUGGACUCUUGAGUCUAGAAUUGCAAGUUUUCGUCCCGACGCCGACCCAGUGGAGCGAAGCCAUGUGCUUUCUAUUAUGUCUCGUGUAUUCACUUACGACCCAGCGAAGCGUCUGACCGCAUCCCAGCUUCUGCGUGACCCUUCGUUCAGAGCUAUCAUGGAAAAUCAUGGCUGUUGA